AUGACUUCCCCGAGAAAUCCUCACGCUACACUAUACAAUUUUAAGCAACAAGUAUCAAUUCUUAAAAAUCAAUGCAAAAAUAAACAAAGAAAUGUUAAAGAGAUGUUAUGCCAUGAUGCUGAAAUGAUAUUACAAAAAGCCAUUGAUACCAUUGAAAUAUUGAAUCAAGAAAAAAAUACAGCAAUUAUUGAGAAAGACUAUAGUAUUAUUAAAAAAAUUGAUGAAGAGAUAGUCAUUAUUGAGAGUACUGCCAUCAACUUAUCAAAUUUAGAUAUUUUAUUUAAAGAAAAGUAUACUGAUGAUGUUGUGGAACCUUACAUUGAAAAUAAUACUAGAAAAGAAAAAAUUCAAAAAUUUGAAGAGGAGAUACAAAAAAUUGAGGAAAUCGAAAAUACUAUUAAAAUGGAACGAGAAAAUGAUAGAAAAAAAGAUGAGAAAGAAAGAUUAAAAAUUUUGAGGAAGGAUGAAUAUAUUAAGGAAUUAGAUUUACAUGAUAUUAAAAAAAACACAUCUUUCAAGGAGUCUUCCAAUUAUAUAUUCUUCAAAGAGUCAAUAAAAAAUUCAAGAAAAAACAUUAAUACUUCAACAGAUAAUUACAAUGAAUAUAACAGAAGAUUUUCAAAUACUUUUAAUAGAUCAGAUUCAAUUAAUGAAAAAAAUAAAAGUAAUAAUAUAGAAUUUUACAAUCAAAUAAACAGUACAAUAGAAAAAUUAUCAAAUCCAACUUAUAGUUCACCUAAUAAUGAAGUACGUCAUUAUAAUAAAAGAAAGGGACCAACUGAAGCAGACAUAAGAGCAGCCAUGGAAAAAGUUAGGGAUGAAAAAUAUGAAGAAUUAAAUCAUAAAUUAGAUGAACAUUAUUCUGAAAUUGAAAAGAUCAUUUCUGGUGAUAAUUAA